AUGACUAUUCAAAACACUCACAGUUUUGUCUUCUUUGUGUUAUUGGGUAUAGGGAUAUGUUCUGCAGCCAGAACACUCCUACAUUCUGAAGAGCCCGUCCAUGUUCCUGCUGUCGGCUAUGGCGCAAGCCAUGGCGGCGGUGGCGGCGGUGGCGGUGGUGGAUCAGGGUAUGGAGGUGGUGGUUCUGCGGGUUAUGGUGGUGCCGGGGGAUAUGGUGGCGGAGGAGGUGCAGGAAGUGGUGGGGGUUAUGGAGCAGUAGGAGAACAUGGUGCUGCUGGCUAUGGAGGUGGUAGUGGUGGUGGAGAAGGCGGUGGCGUUGCCUAUGGAGGUGCUGGUGGACAUGGUGGUGGCUGCGGCGGUGGUACUGGUGGUGGACAAGGCGGUGGCGUUGCCUAUGGAGGUGCUGGUGGCGGCAGUGGUAGUGGUGGUGGACAAGGCGGUGGCGUUGCCUAUGGAGGUGCUGGUGGACAUGGUGGUGGUGGUGGCGGCGGUAGUGGUGGCGGUGGUGCUUAUGGUGCAGGGGGCGCUGGAGGAUAUGGAAGUGGGGGUGGUGAAGGAGGUGGUGCCGGCUAUGGUGCUGGUGGGGAACAUGGAGUGGGCGGUGGUGGAGGUGGCGGUACUGGUGGUGGUGGUGGCUCUGGAUAUGCUGGAGAGCAUGGCAGUGGUUAUGGAGGUGGAGCAGGUGGUGGAGCUGGCGGUGGCUAUGGGGCUGGUGGUGAACAUGGCGGAGGCUAUGGAGGAGGUGGCGGACAUGGUGGGGGUGCCGGAGGAGGUUAUGCUGCUGGAGGAGCAAGUGGAGGAGGAUAUGGUAGUGGGGGAGGAGCUGGAGGUGGAGCUAGUGGCGGCUAUGCGGGUGGUGCCGGUGGAGGAGGAGGUUCUGGUGGUGGCAGCGGCUAUGGAGGAGCACAUGGAGGUGCAUACGGAGGAGGUGGUGGGGCCGGUGAGGGCGGUGGCCAUGGGGGUUAUGUUCCUUGA